AUGAAAGCAGAGCAGAGUAAAGAAGAUGAAGAGGCCAGAAGAUCUGAGAUGCAGAGUGAACUAAAAGCCGUGCAGAAAGAAUAUUUGAAAGCCAUACGUGGACCCAAACAGAAGAAGAAUCAACA